AUGGAUAUGACUAGAAAGUUAAUGAAUAUUUUACUUCCUCCUAUAGCACUCAUUGUGCUUCUUUUAAUCUUGCCACCAUAUCUUGUUCUCAAGUUUCUUGGUCUCAUAAAAGGAUUUACUGCAUACAGCGAAGACGUGGCCGGAAAAGUAGUGCUUAUAACUGGAGCAUCUUCCGGCAUUGGUGAGCAAAUUGCAUACCAAUAUGCAAGGAGAGGAGCUCGUUUAGCACUCGUUGCUAGAAGAGAAGAUCGUCUUCGAGGAGUUGCAAGUGAAGCCAGGAAGAUGGGUUCGCCAGAUGUUAUAAUGAUACGUGCAGAUGUUUCCAAGGUUGAAGAUUGCAAGAGAUUUGUUGAUGAGGAAAUAAGACAUUUUGGACAGUUGGAUCAUCUGGUGAAUAAUGCUGGGAUUCCUUGUGUUUGCUUGUUAGAAGAAGCUCCCAACAUAUCUGAUUUGAAUUCUGUAGUGGACACAAAUUUCUGGGGCUCGGUGUAUGGCACUUAUUUUGCAGUUCCAUACCUAAGAAAAAGUCAAGGGAAAAUUAUCGUCAUCUCUUCAGCUGCUGGACGUUUCCAUAGUCCAGGAGCAAGCAUAUACGGUGCAAGCAAAGCAGCCUUAAUAAGCCUGUAUGAAUCACUGAGGAUUGAAUUUGGUUCAGAUAUUGGAAUAACAAUUGUGACUCCUGGGCUUGUGAAGUCAGAAAUGACCUCAGGCGACAUCCCAAUUGAAUCAACUGAGGAUUGUGCUAAAGCAAUUGUGGACAGCGCUUGCCGUGGAGACAGGGACUUGGUAGAGCCAUCAUGGGUAGGGAUACUUUUCCUGUUCAAGCUGCUUUGUCCUGAAGUCCUGGAAUGGUGUCUCCACUGGCUAUUCUCCUCUGCACCAAGGAAUCUCAAGAAGGCUGCAUAGGAAAGGCCUCCUUCCUAUAUGCAUUAAGAAAAAAUAAAUGUGAAACAGCUGGGAACCUAAAAUCUUUAGAGCACCUCAC